UGUGCUCUGCCGCUUUUAAAUCUCCCAUCAUCUUCCUCGUGUCACUCUCUCUAAACACACUGCAAAAACAUUUUCUUUUCCCUCUGCACACUAAAAAUUUCCAAGAAUAUUUCCCAGAAAAGGAGCAUCUUCCUCUUUAUUUCUUCUCUCAUCUCUCGAUAACCAAACGGUGGGUUUGUGUUGAUUCCAUAAGAAUAUAACAAAAAGCUCUUUUUUUCCUUCUCUCUCCUUUCUUCAACUUUCAAAGAAAAUCUUUGCUUUCUUCCCCCUACCCUCCUCUCUCUGUUUGUAUUAACAAGGUUUAUCUCUCGCAGUUUUCUGUGCCUUUGCUUUGUGGCUUUCCAUAAAAAGAAAAAAAAAACUCGUCCUUUGAUAAAACUUUUUUGCAGAGAAGCAUCACACUCUUAUCUCUCUUGUGGCUCAAGUUUCUUCCUUUAUCAAAAAAAUCCAUCUUUAUUCUUUGUCUCUUUCCUUUUUGCUUUCACAUGCUUUCUUCGAUAUAAACACACACAGUCACAGUCUAAGUAACGGAGAGAGAUAACAAUGGACACAGAGAAGCAACUUGUUCUCCCGAAAAUCAAAUUCGCUGAGCACAAAACCAACACCAUACCGGAGUUAACCACCAACCACCACCAACCAAGGAUUCUCCGUAUCUCUGUCGCUGACCCAGACGCAACAGAUUCCUCCAGCGACGAAGAAGAAGAAGAAGAACAACGACUCGCCUCUAAACGCCGUCGUAUCAAAAAGUUCGUAAACGAAGUCGUUCUCGAUACAGGCGCCAGUGGUUGUAGCAGUCAAAUCGAAUCCAAGAAGAGAAGGAAGAGAGCCGUUACGGUCAAAUCGGAACCUGCUUCUCCUCCGGCUGUUGCAACGACGACGGAGAAGAAAUACCGGGGAGUGAGACAGCGUCCGUGGGGAAAAUGGGCGGCGGAGAUAAGAGACCCGCUUAGGCGCGUACGCCUCUGGCUCGGAACUUUCAACACGGCGGAGGAAGCCGCCUUGGUUUACGACAGCGCCGCGAUUCAGCUCCGUGGUCCCGACGCCCUCACUAACUUCCCGACGACGGAGAAUAAAUCUUCUUCUCCACCACCGUCGCCGGUUAAGAGGAAGAGAAAAAUCAAAGACGACGUCGCUUCUUCCUCCACUAGCAGCGACGGCCUCUGCUCUCCGGUGUCCGUUCUCCGAUCACCGUUCGCCGUCGACGAAACCUCCGGCAGUUCUACUCCAACCGCGGCGGUCAUCGUCAAGGAAGAGCCUUCCACGACGACGGCGUCAGAGACUUUCUCCGAUUUCUCGGCGCCGUUGUUCACCGACGAGGACUUGUUCGAUUUCCGGAGCUCCGUCGUUCCCGACUACCUCGGCGGCGACUUAUUUGGAGAAGAUCUCUUCGCCGACACGUGUACGGAUAUGAACCUCGGGUUUGAUUUCGGGUCCGGUUUAUCCGACUGGCACGUGGAUGACCAUUUUCAAGAUAUUGGGGAUCUAUUCGGGUCGGAUCCUAUGACUGUUUAGUAAAAAUAAAUAGUUUACCCGGGGGCCGUUACUAAACGGACUCGCGAAGUUUUGUAUGUUCGUUAUUUAAAAAUCUUUUACCUUUCCGUUCUCUCUUUGUCGUUAUAUAAGAGUAUAAAUCAAAUGUAUUAUGCUGUAGUUAAUGGCUUAAUGGUCCUAUUAUUAAAUAAAUAGUAACGUUUAAG